AUUAUAGGAUUUCUCGAUUAUGUCUACAAAACUUAUAAACUGCGAUGUUAAAAUGACUGUGCAAUUAGAAAGUCUUUAUUACUAAUGUAGAACUUGUGCUUUCAAAAGCGAAUAUGCUUAAUUUUAAUACAUAUAUUCCUUGCUUUAGAGUUAUUUCACAAGUUAUGUGUUCCUGUUUUUAUCGUUUAAAAGCAUUUUAGCAUUUGUUUUCUGAAAUUUCAUAACUUUCUUCCAUGGAUGGUAAUAAAGAUGAAAGCGAACGCUGCAUAUCUAUUGCUCAGAAGUAUAUAAACGAAGGUGAUCGUUCCAAGGCUCUCAAAUUCUUAUAUAAAGCUGAAAGACUUUAUCCUUCUCAACGCGCGAAAGAUUUGAUCGAACUCUUGGAAAAGUUAAGUGACUCUGCUGGAGACAAUAGUCAUGCCUCAAGAGAAAGGAGUUCCAGUUAUGAUCGAACACAAACUCGAGCGAGAAGUUCUUCAGCUAGGAGAAGAACAGCAACAGCAAAGCCUGCAGAAGAUUAUACUGAAGAUCAGCUAGAAGCAGUACAGAAAAUAAAAAAAUGUAAAGAUUUUUAUGAAAUUCUGGGUGUGUCUAAAGAUGCAGGUGAAUCAGAUAUCAAGAAACAGUAUAGGAAGUUAGCUCUGCAAUUCCACCCUGAUAAGAAUAAAGCUCCAGGUGCUACAGAAGCAUUCAAGGCUAUUGGAAAUGCAUUUGCUGUUUUAAGUGAUCCAGAAAAGCGGAAACAGUAUGAUGCAUUUGGCUCGGCUGAAAAUAAGAACUGCAAAAGAUCUUCAUUUCAACGCCAUUCUGGCUAUUAUGAAUACACUAGGGGAUUCGAAAGUGAUAUAUCUGCUGAAGAAUUAUUUAAUAUGUUUUUUGGUGGUGGCUUCCCGGCUGGAAUGUCAGCUAAUUCCUAUACAAGAAGAUCACAAAGGAGAUUUCCAACAAGGGAAAAUCAUCAUUCUCGGCAAGAUGGACAAGCAAAUUAUACUCUUCUGAUGCAAAUGCUGCCUUUAAUAUUUCUUAUCUUCUUAUCACUUCUAAGCAGUUUUUUCAUAGCUGACCCUCCCUAUAGCCUUGGUAGAUCCCAGAAGUAUUCAAUUGAACGUAAAACCAGCAAUUUAAAAGUGCCAUAUUUUGUGAAAGAAAACUUUGCUACUGAUUAUCAAGGAAGCAUACGUAAGCUUGAAGCCCAAGUGGAAGAAGAAUUUAUUGCAAAUUUAAGAGGUUCUUGUUUUAAGGAGAAAAAUUACAAGGAAAGUAUGAUUUGGAGAGCUAGAAAUUUCCGGGAUAGAACUCUAGAAGAGAAAGCAAAAGGCCUUAAGACACCUUCAUGUGACACCCUAAAUGAUUUGUACACAAAUGAAAGAAUAUGGUAAAUAAAAGUAUUGUAAAUAAAGUUAUUUAUCUGGAAAAUGUUUUUGUUGAUAUAAUUAUAUUUUUAUGAUUGUUAAUAUUUUGUUGACACAAUACUCAGAGUCCAUUUAAAAUCAAAAGCAGCUGGAACUACAUUCUUGCUAGCAUUUAUUUCCCUUUCUAUUCAAAUUUUAUUUAAAAUUAUUCUUUAUUCUCUAAAUCAUAUAAGUACAUACUGGUCUCUCUUCCAGACAAUCAGAAAUGUUCUGUUUGCAUAAUGUACCAAAAUAGAAAUUGUGAGAAUAGUGUAAGGUAUAAUUUCCUUUGGUUGUUGUUUCUGGUUGUAUGGUAAAAGUAUUUAUUUUUUGUGGACCACUCUUACUUAUGUGAUAUGUUUGUUUCUUCUAACUAGUAUUAUGUCAUGUUUUUCUAAUUUUGUAUUUUUCUCUAUCAUUUGCACAUCAUUCAUAAAUUGUACUUUUACCUAAAUUAAUAUUUUUGCAUAUCAAGUGUAGUAAAUAAUGUAAAGAUUCAUUUCUUCUGUGCUGUGUUUGUUGCAUCACUACUAACAUUAUCAUUAAAAUUACUGAUACUGAAAUCGUAAAAGAUCAAACUGAAAGGUGGUAUAAAAGAAAAUUUUACAUUUCAUAUCUAGCAUUUCUUCAAAAUUUUUCUAGAUUUAAUUCUUACAUAUUUAAAAGUAGCUUAACCAGUCUGAUAAUCCAUAAAUAUGUGUUGCAAUUUUAGAAACUAUUACUUUGAUAUAUUUUAAGAAAAGAAUUUACAUACUCAUAAUUUCUGACUCUCUUGCCAAUUCACCUGGCAUGUAUGUAUGAUUGAUAACACUUAUCAUCAAUAAAGAUGAAUUAUCAGUAAGUCAUCUCUCCUUAUUGGGAGUGGAUUUUCUUCUAUUUAUAAUAGUAAGAUGCAAAAGUUUUGUAGUACUUUUUCAUCAUCAUCCCAGAAUUCCUGCAGUUUUCUAUAUCAUUUUUAAAUUGUAGUGGAAGUGAUUAUAAAAUGUUAUCAUUUUAAAAUCAAAUAAACAUGUAACUGAAAAAGUAAAGUUCUUAAAUAAAAGGUUAAAACUUAAGUACAUGUGAAAAACAUGAUUAUUGAUCAGAGUUAAACAAAAGUAUUUGUUCCUCAAAUUUUAAAAUUCAUAUUGUAUAAGCUCAUUUUCUAACAUAGUUACCAUUUCAAAUUUCUCAUGUGUAAAAUGAUAUGAAUUAAAAUGAAUUACUGUAUUUUGUAAGAGGGGGCAUUUUUUACUAGAUAUUUGUUGAUUAUUGAACUGUUAUAUGCAAAAAUGAUAAAAUGCUUGUAAUAAUUAUUUAUUAAUAUAAUCAGUAUAAUUCAGAUAUUCUGUGUACUUCGGUUAUAUCAAAUUGUUAAUAUGUUGAUAAAAUUUGCUUGAUAACUUUGAUAACAACUAGUUCCUGUUGCUUCAUUCAAACGAAUGCAAGAAACAUAUUUAACUUCAAGCAUAAUGUAAUGUUUCUGUCAGUUUCAUCACAUGAGUAUUACUGCUAUCUUUUAUUAAAAUUCAUCAUUAUCUUUUGAUAAUGAUUAAUUUUAUUUGAAAACUAGAGAAAGGUUUUAUUUUAUUGUUCUAAUAAGUGUAUGAAAUGAAGAGGAAAUAGUUCUUGAAGUUUGGUUUUCUUUAUUUUAUAAUUAAAAUGCAUAUAUAACAGCACGAUUCUUUGAAAACUCCAUGUAAUUGGGAAAUUUUGCAUUUUUUAAAUGAAGUUUUGCUAUAAAUGGCUGUGUUUCAAAAUUAUUUAUAAAUUCAUAGAAAACUGAUGUAUAUAUAUGUAUUUUUUAUUAUAGUGUAAAUACAUGUCAUUUCUGAACAUGAGAAUAUUUGAUCAUAUUUCAGUACCAUUUUAACAUUUUGUUGUGGUAUCAUUCAAUGUAUCAAUAUAGUAAUCAUAUUAAUUAGUUCCAAGUAUUGUUAAUCUUUUUAUUUGUUAGACCAGAUAUUUGGACCUAAGAGAUACUUCAGGUUUUGUUGAUGUUUACUAGGUAAUUAAUAAUAACUUUCAUUUUUUUUUUUACUGUAGUAAUAAAUGAGGAUGCUUUUUUAUAAUUUAGAGUAACAGUAGACAUAACUGUUCAGCAUAUCAAUUAAAAGUCUUAUUUAUCUUUUUUUAAAUUAUAUUUAAACCCAAUGUUUUAUUCAUUGCAAUAAAUGAGACAGUAAAUGAUGCAAGAAAUUAAUUUUUAUUUGUCUAUGCAUAUUUUUAUUUUUCUGAUUUAGUUUUAUGAAAUGUUGAUGUGAGUUUGUUUUCCCAUUUCGUAUGUGUGAUUAUGAAUGUGUGAUUUGAUUAUGCAUAUGUUAAUGCACUUUUGUUUUUUAACUCUGCAUUAACAAUUCUGUUAAAAAAGAUGUAAAUUAUUUUAUCUGCCCUUCUUUUUUGUAUUUAGAUGGUGUUCUUCCAAAACAAAUAUUAGAAAAGAAAUUUUUUUGGCUGCAUUCUGCAUUUCUCUGUUUAAAAUAAGCAAAACCAAAAAAUAUAAGAAAUGUUAAAAGUAUAUUGAAUUUAAUAAAUUAUUUAUAGUGCCUGUUAGAUGCAUAUUUAUGUCUUUCAGCAAUUUUUAGCUUUGGCAGUGAUAGAAUUAAAACCUCAUAAGUGUUUGAGAACAAGAUUUUUGUUAUUUAAUUGUUAUAUACAAUGCAUAUGUGAUGAAAAUAUUUUAUAUACAUUAUUACACAUGGGUCAUCAGUUAUAAUUUGGUGUUCUAUUGUUUAGUUUGAUGCUAUGGUUUCUAGUAAUAUUUGAAGCCAUAUGUAUUUUAAAACAUACAUGCAUUAAAAUUUUUUCCGAGCAUGUAGGUUAUUGAAAUACUUUAAAUACUUUCUGUCUAAAGAACAGAUCUGCCAUAUCAUUUCAUUAUAUUUAGUGGAAAUUAUAUAUACUUGUGUAUAUACAGGGUGUUUCAGCACAGCAGUUACAAACUUUCAGGAGAAUACACGUAAGUGAUGGAAAAUCACAUAAUGAUACAUGAUCAGUAACGCUUUCAUGCAUGGUAAUGACGACACAAAAAAGGAAGAGCACGAACAUGCUUUGUAUGCUUAAUGUAACAGAAACUAAGAAAUUAGAAUAAAAACAGCCAACAAUUGCUCUCAAAGAAGGUGUUCACAAUCACAACCCCGACCAUGAUGCAGGUCUCUCACAUCUCCCGCACAUGGAAGAUCUGAUGUUACGAAAAAUACUAGUCAUGUCUCGGACUUCCCCAGCAGCUGCUAAGACACAUGCAACAAGUUCUUCAGCACUGUUAACUGGGUUUUUGUAUAUCAGUGUUUUUAUCCCUAGAGAAAGUAGUCAAUGCAAGUGAGGUCUGGUUAUCCCGGUGCCCAAAGCACCAGACCACCCUUGCCGAUUCAAUGUUGAUGAUAUGUUACCUUCAGGUGGAGAUGCACAUCAAGGCUGUAAUAUGAGGGGCGCCAUCAUGUUGAAACCACAUGGCAGAACGCAUUGCAGCAGGUACGUGUGUGUCGUCCAAUAAUUACGGCAAUACUUGCUGAAGAAAGAUGAGAUAGGUUGCACCUGUCAGAUGUAGAGGCAACAAGUAUAGCCCGACAAGGUGGUCCCUUAGAUGCCGGUUCAUACAUUAACUGAAAACCAUCUCUAGGCUGCCCAAGCUCUUGUUGCUUGUGGGUGCUUCCUUUCUUGCGUUUUAUGUCAUCACUACCGUACCAGGAAAGUGUUGACAAUGCAAUACUAUGGGGUUUUCCAUCAUCUAGGUAUACUUUAUAUUUCCUGACAGUUUGUAACCACUGAGCAGAAACAUAUAUAAACAAGCAUUAUAUAAAAUAACUUAUGUAAAAAGACAUGCAUAUAUCUGUUCUUAAGAAGUGAAUUCAUAUUUUUAAAUAUUAGUAGUAUAGGGUGUAUUUUUUAAAUUAGGAAUUCUAAUGAAUAAAUGAAUGCUUUUAUAUACUCUAGUGCUUGAUUGAUUUUUUAAAUUAUGUUUCAUUAUAUUCAUUUAGAUUAUCAUAAGGAAUCAAAUCAUGCAAAUGUGGAUUUAAAUUCAAUUUUUGUGAAUAAAUUAAAAGGAGCAGCUUAGUUAACAAUUGUAAAAGUAAUUAAAAUCAAAUAUUUAACUCUCAGACUUAUUACCGUAUCAUUUUCUUUUUAAAAAAAUGAAGUAUACAAAUUUUUUUAAUAUUAAAUGGAAAAUAAGUCAUGGUUAAUGAUGCAGUCUUACAUAAAAGAAUUAGUUAAUUAAUUAAAAUAUGUAUUUGGGAAUUUAUCUUGCACAGACUGAAAAUGCAAAUGCAUGUAUUACCUGAAAAAUAACACUUAAUUUUUAAUUUUGAAUACCGUGUAUUGUUGCAAUACAUUUUUUGCUUGAAAAGUAUUUAGGUACUGCUUUAAUAUCAUAAUAUUGCUUCAUUAAAGACAUCUGAAAAUAUAAUUUUGAAGUCUCCCCCCAGUGGUGGCACUAACCAUUUUAGGCUUUGACCAGCUCUAAGGUCAAAAUCGGUGGUAAUUUGAUUAUAGAGGCACCUAUUAGGCAGUCACCAUUACCUCCUGUGAAGGAACAGACAAUUUACAUCCAUGCCUUCUUCGGGAUUUGAACAUGGUCUCCUAGGUAUGGCAAUCAGAGUUACUAAUCGCUUUCUCAUCUGGAUGGCAUAAUUUCAGAAGUAUCAAACUCUUUAGUAGAAAAGUUCAUUCUUUUGGAAAAUAUUUCAUUGCAUUCUUACUUAUUUCACAAAUGGAUGGUAAUUUGCAUUAAUUUUUAAACUGCAUGUUUCUGGUAAACUGCAUAUUUGAUGGAAUAGAUUAAAUAAAAAGAUGAGGUGCCAUUUUCUUGUAGUAGAAAUGUUAAAAAUUGAGAACAUACAUAAAUACUAAAGAAUAUAAUAUUGUUUUCAGUCAGAAUUAAUUUUAUUGUAGCUUUCUACUCAUGCUUCAUUUUUAUCAAUAACUGGUGUGUAUUAGAUUUAAUGAGCUCUGUUGAGACUUUAGUAUAUGCAGUCAAGACCAGUAAGUAACAAAGAUUAUGUUUGUAGAAAAUUACAUUGUUGCUACAUUACAUUACUGCAUUUUUCAAGUAAGUCAGCAGUAUGAAUGCAUAUGCUUCUACCAAAGAUCUUGAGGCAUAAGAUCCAGUACUAUAUAUUUCUGUUUCUGAACUUGUGGGCCUCUUCUAUGCCCAUUACUUAUUGUUUUUUCAAGUGAUUAUAAAAGCUUUGGUAGCUUCAGAAAACUUUUAAUUCAUACUUGAUUUUUCAUUAUCUCGGAGCCUGUAUGAUAAAAUUAAUAAUUUAUAUUUUGUGUCAAACUGUACAAAGUUCGAACAGUACAAAGCUCGAAAUAAAGAUUCAUUGAAAUUUUGACAAUUCCGGAUUUGGGAAUUUUCCAGAUUUCAGAUCAUUGGUUUAAAUCUAAUAAGGUGACAUGCAGAAAUUAUAAAAUUAAAAACAUGAAAUAGUAGUUAAUGAAGUAUUCAGGACCUUAAGGAUAUCAAAAUUUACAAAACAAGCUCUUCCCCCCUCCUGUAUUAAAUAUUUCUGUCAAUUUAAGUUGUUUAAGAUGCUUCAGUUUUAUGCUAAUACUUUUUUUUUUUUCCUUCAGUACCAUGUUCAAGUCCCGUAAUUACCGUGUUGAGAAUUUCCACUAAAUUCUCAAUUGACUUUUUUUGUUCUGUCACUUUGUCUACAGUAGUGACGUUUUCUGGAUUUUUAACCAUACUGCAGAUUUUGCUGUCCAUUAGAUCAUUGAUUAUUGGGGCAUUGUCAUCACAGUGGAAUAUUUAUGUUACAUCAUUUUAAUUUAUUAACACCUUUUCACAUUUCUUCACAAAUUCCAUCAAUUUGAAAAUUUUGCUUUUUGUUUGCAAUAUCCAGACACCUUCAAAUUUCUUGGCUAUCAUCACAAAGUAAUUCUUGCCGAAUAUAUAGUAUUUAUAAAAGGAUAACAUGCCUUUUGGUAUUUGGUUACUGAUAUUUAAAAUAAAAAUUGUUUUAGACUGCUCUGCUUGCGUCAUUUCUCAAGCUGCAGUGAGAUGUGAUGAUCAAAGCAAAAAAUAAUAAUAAAUGAUUUGCUAGGUUGCCAUAGGUUUGCUUUUUGCCCCAUGCAUUCUUUUCACCAUUGCUAGAAGAUCAUUCUCCCUUACUUUCCAAAACUCAAAAAAUAAACCUUCAUACCUCUGUGUUAUAUGAUUUACAGUAGGCACGAAAAUCAGCGAUAAAUUUUGAUAGAAUGUUUUGGCUUGACAAAAAUGCCAAAAAAUAAGGCGACUACAUAAUCAAAUUAUUGAUCACACAGACUUUUUUAUAAAUGAUUGUAUUCCUAUAACAUGGAGGUAUUUUAUUUAGUGAAGUGAAACUAAGAAUCAGGAUCCUGUACAUGUUUUAUUAUGAAAAAUCUCACUUCGAAUACGUAAAGCAUUAAGUAUAUGCUACUCUCAGAAUCUCGCUCACAAAAAAUUUAUAAAAAAGAAAAGGGGACUGUACAAUAUAUUACUUUUUUGAUAUAGGCUUAUUGUUUCUCUCUCUGUUUUUAAUGAUAUACAAUAUUUACUCACAUAUUUUUCCCUAUAGCUUUAACACCAGGUUCUGAACUUUUUUUUUUUAAGCAUUUGUGCCCUGCAUCUUUCAGAAAUUAAAUUAUUUGCAUAUUUCCUUUUCUCAAUUUCCUUAUGAUAAAAUUAGUAAAAAAUGGGUAGUGAAUAUGGUAUGUUUUUAUUUUUUUAAUUUUGUUGCCUUCUGACAUUUAUAUUUGUAAUCGAGGAGGAAAAAAAAUACAUAGAUCAAGAGGAGUAUACCUGAUUAAGGAUAGGUAAUUAAAAAGAAAAAAAUUAGAACCAUAUGCAAAACAAAAUUUUAAUAAUGAAUUAAAUCUUCUGUAUGUGUAUUACUUGGAUGGAAUUUCAUUUGCUGAUGUAUAUUUAUUUUGAAGCAUGUUUCAUUGUUUCAUAAGCAAAAGGAAUUUAAUUAAAUAUUUUUCCAAUGUUGUGUGUUGCCUAUUCCUUAUUUAUCUAAAUUUUAUAACAUGUUUUUAAUUAUGCACUUUGUAUAAUUUUAUUAUCUUAAACUUUUUGCUCUUUCAGCUCUCUUAUUUAAAUAUAUAUAUAUAUGUUGCUUUUCAGAAUCUGAAAAUGUUUUGAUUUAACAUAUUAAUUGCAAACAUAUUUAAGAUUGUACAGAAUUAUUCAACUAAGCAUAUACAAACUUCUAGGAGAGGUAGGUUUCACAAAGAUGAGUAAGAAUCGUUUAGCAGUGCAGAGUCAGAAAUGCCAUACCCAUCUGUUCGUGUACAGGUAGGAUGAGAAAUAAAAGUUGCAUGUAAGAGAACAAAAUACUUUUUUUUAUUCACAGUCGUGAACUCGAAUGCAUGUUUGGCAUUGUUGGUGUAUGGAAUCAUGCGUAUUCUAGAAAAAAAUUUAGGUAUGUUUUGGAUUUCUGGAGCCACUGUGCUAUGAGAAUCUUUAUCACUUGUCAUUGUUUUGUCCAUCCAUGGAAGAAUGGUUGCCAGAGCCUCAAGGAGGUUGGACUUCUACUUCCACUCCAGAUUUGAGGAAGAUCACACUGGGUAGUGGUCUGAAGGUCUCCCACCCCUCUUCCCUACCACCAAACACACGAGAGGACGUUUGGCUCUCCAUAUAUUGGAAGUGCUCCCAUGCCGCAGAGACACUGUACAUUUACAGACAUCGAUGCCUUGUCCAGAAUUUGAACUCGGGUCUUUCAGUACCACAGUAGGCUCCCCUAAUCACUAUACCAUCUGGGCGGCAUCUUCAGCACUCUAACGGGAAUAUUGCGCUCUAGUCUUUUGAGGUAACCCUUAAAGUAGUAACUAAGGCAUAUUAUUAUCUCUGUGGGAGGUUUGCAAAUAAUGGUAUUCUGAAAGACUAUGUGAGAAAUUUUACAAUCGGAUAUGAUAAUGGUGUGUCCAGUACUGAUUUGUCUUUGUUGCAACCUCUUCCUCUCAGAAGUUUGUAUGCACGUAACUGAGUGACCCUAUAUACCUGUAUUAUAUUAACUGUAAAUUUGAUUUGAAAAACUAAUCCUUAUUUCUCAUCUAAUGAUUAGUGUUUAAUAUAUUGUAUGCUGUAAAAAUCUGAGACCUCUGCACUAAAUAACUAUAGCUAUUGUGUGGAAUUUAAACUAAAUAUGAAAAUUUGUUGAAAUGAGGACUGUAUUUGAAGCUAUGAAGAAGCUGAAAUUAAUUCUAAUAAUUUUUAAGUUACUGGACUAUCCUGGAGGAGGGGGUAUAUAGGUACAAAUAUUAGUUUGGAGGUUAUUGUAUUUUUAACAAUAAAUGAUAAAAUGCA